UCCUUGUGUAAUUCCCUCACCACCACUUUUACCACUAAUGUCACUGGCAUUAGCUUCUUCUGUAUCCCUCCCAUUUGGGCAAUAACUUUCUCUUUUCAGUUUUCUACUUCUCCCAACACUCGCGGAACUAGAAAGCCUCUACUUCCAAUUCCACGUGGCAAAAAGGAGAGACUCUGAUUCUGAGCCGCUUCUAGAACCUUCCAUUGUCCAAGAAGUUUCAUUCCACGACGACAACGAAGAAGAAGAAUUCCUUGACGAAUUUGAAUACGAUGAAGACGGUGACGGUGACGAAUACUAUGAGGAAGAAGAGGAAUACGAAGAGGAGGCUGGUGUGCCUUAUGUAAGUUUUUGUUGGAAAAUUAGACUCUUAAAUUUGUGAUUUUGCACGUUUUGAAGGCAGGUGAUGGCGGCGCAGGUGGCGGAAUCUCCCUCACCGGAACGUGGUGGGAUAAAAAAGCACUAGCCAUUGCUAAAGAGGUUACUCUCUCCUUCGAUGGCGAAUUGCAAAUUUAUGCUUUUAGAAUACUGGUCAACUGCACCAUCCAAGUGCGCAUUGAGAACCUUUCCAAAAAGUCUGGUUCCCCCAGCAUGGAAGAUAUUGAAGCCUUCUCUGCAACAUAUAGAGCAAAGUUGGAUGAAGCAGAAAUUGCCAAAGUUGUUCCCGACAAUAUAUGUUUGGAGGUGUCUUCUCCUGGUGUUGAAAGGAUAGUUCGGAUUCCAGAUGACCUAGAUCGAUUCAAGGACCGACCUAUGUAUGUGAAAUAUGCCAUUAAUGAUGAUCCAAAUAAUCCAGCUGCAGAAGGUGAUGGUGUCUUCAAGCUUGAAUCCUUUGGCAUGGAAACAAAAUGUUGCACCUGGGGUUUAGCAGAUGUGAAAGUCAAUAGACAGAAAGCAGGGAAAGGAAGACCACUGAAUAAAAAGCAAAGAGAAUGGCGUUUAAGCACUCCCUUUGAUUCCUUACGUUUUGUACGGUUGCACUCUGAUAUUUAAAUAAUUUAUUUUCCCCGAAAGUUGAUUAGAUUUCCAUCUUUCUUCUGUUUGCGUGUCUGUCUAUAUGUACACGAACAUAAAGAACUGCAUUAAUAGAUAAGUAGAACAAUCAACACAUA